CGUCCGGGCCGCUCUCCAGGGCGUCUGUAAACACACCCCGAGACUGUCAUGGAGGGGGAGGAGGACGCGGCGGCGGCGAAAGGAGGCGUUUUGGGCCGCCUCCAGGGUCCGCUCUGUCAUUCCUGAACUGGUCCCUCGUCCCCGUGACUGUGGCAUCAGGGAAGCGAACUGUUAGGCGAGAGGAAGAGACAGUCAGAACCAUAUCGCCUUCUUCCCCCGGGGCGGGGGCCGGGCCGGGCCAGGCCGGCUGAGCCGGGGGAGGGCAGGGGGAGGGAGCGCCUGGCCAGGCCGGCCUGUCCGCCGAGAUGGAUGACAGUAAGGUGGUUGGAGGCAAAGUAAAGAAACCUGGCAAACGUGGUCGGAAGCCAGCCAAAAUUGACUUGAAGGCAAAACUUGAGAGGAGCCGGCAGAGUGCAAGAGAAUGCCGAGCUAGGAAAAAACUAAGAUAUCAGUAUUUGGAAGAGUUGGUAUCCAGUCGGGAAAGAGCCAUAUGUGCCCUCAGAGAGGAACUGGAAAUGUACAAGCAGUGGUGCAUGGCAAUGGACCAAGGAAAAAUCCCUUCUGAAAUCAAGGCCCUACUCACUGGAGAAGAGCAGAGCAAAUCUCAGCAGAACUCAAGCAGGCACACAAAAGCUGGAAAGACAGAUGCUAAUAGCAAUUCCUGGUGAAGAUUAUAUAAAAUGACGAGUCACUGAUUGAAGUCAAUAUUCUGAUUCCUAUGGAGGAUGAAAGGGCAAGAUUGUACUUCUUGGCUCCAUUUACAACCUACUGCUCAGUAGUCAUCUCUGUAAAUCUGCAAUUUCUACCAAAAUCCCAAAGGAUUUUGCUUUAACUUUCAACACUUAGAGAAUUUAUAAACAUUCAGAUCUGUUCUGGUUGGCCUUGCCACCCAUGGCAUCGAACAUGUUGCAAUGCUUGAAAACACAGGAGUAGAGAGAAGUGGGUGAAGAUUGUAUUUUUGCACCUUAACUCCACAUUGCUUUAUUGGUUAAUUUAUAUUCUUUCCAUGUAUUUCAUGUCAUUGUAUGUGUAUGUGUGUUUAGGUGUCACCUAUGUUUUUGAUUGCCCUACAAAGAGAAACCAAAUGGGCUGAUAACCAAGUUCUCAGCCUUAAUGGACCUAAUUUUAUUUGUUUAUAUUUACUUGAGUAAUGUUUAUUUUCUGCAUUGAACCAUGAUUUCUCCUGUGAGCCAUUCCAGCAUAAGCUGUGAAUAUGUAUUAACAAAUAUAUACAUUUCUAUUUUUAUAAUCCAUAAUGAUAUGCCUGUUUUAAAUAAUGUACGUGUUAACAAAAUCCAUUAGGAAAGCCCUCAAGACAGCCUCUAUUUAAAACUUUUGUUGCUGUCUUCUCAAACUAUAUUUAUAAAAGUUUGCUAGGGCCUAGUCCAUACUUGGAAAAUAAUUAGUCAAAUUUUAUUUUUAAGCAGGAAGUAACCUUUUAGGCAUUUCUGCAGCAUACAUCAUCUUGACAACCUAGAGUGUUGUAUGUAUGUAUGUAUGUUUGUAUGUAUGUAUGUGUUUGUAUCGUAUGUCUGUAUAUGUAUGUGGGGAGGGUAGGAGUGAAUGUUCACACACAUUGCCUUGUGUAGUCAACUAGGAGAAUUUUUCUAAAGAAAAUAGGAUGAAAUUAGCUGCUGAGAUCGAGUUUCUGCCUCAAGAGAUCUGGAACAAAACGAGGGAGAAAUUGCUAGUAGAUCUAAUGGCUGUAGGCAUAACCAGAACACUUAGUUUCUUCCCUGACAUGAGUUUCCGUAUGAAUGUGUUCUGAGCCAGGAAGAAACACACUGUGGGUGUGCCUCUGGUUCAGCCCUGACGGCGCCUCCGCUCUGGAGCGAAGCACUGAGCCGGCGUUGUGCAUGGCUCGGCGGCUGGCAGGCCGGGCAGGAGGUGCACAAGGCCAGGGUUUCCAGUUCCCAUCAUAGCUACAUUUACUUUCUUCCUGACUACAAAACACAGUGAUGGUUGAGGAAUCAAGCUCAUCAUAUUCUACGUGCAGACCAGGAAUCUUUCACUUUCCCCACUGAGACACUUUAUCACUCUCUCUGCUCUUUCCCAUCGUUAAAUCAGGAGUUGUGUUCUCUGUUGCUGCUAAAUUAUAAUUGUUCUUAGCUCUAAUGAAGCAAAUUUUUGGCUUCUAAACAGUAUGUUUUGUUAUGAAAUGGCAGUUUAAGAGGAGGCAUCAUAGUCUAGAUUGUGAGAUGGAACAAGAGAUGGACCACAUAGUUUCAGAUUACAAGGUACUCUCCCCCCUUCUCUUAGGCCACACGUUUGAAUAAAGUGCUUCCCUUUAGCCUGAGUUCCUGAAGAUCUCUUGUGUGUAGGUUGCAAACUCAGAUCUAGUCUAGUCCUGUGUGACUACUGAUAGACCACUAGCCCCGCCUGUUGGGUCUCUCUGUGUUUUGGAGGACUGGGGAUUUAAGAGUAUUUAAUGUCUUUUUAGGAUCACAAAUAUAGAUAGAUUAAAGAUUGUUAAUAUACUGACCUUCAGAAUUUAAGUGUUUUAAAUAUAGUGUUCAGAUUAUAAUGGGUAUGUUUUUGCCAUCUGGUCUACUCAAAUGUAUAUUUUUAUUUUGCAAAACAACUCAAGAUUUACUCUGUGUUGCUUUGUUCAGUACCUUUUGAAUUCCCCAGAAGAGUUGUUUUCAAAGCAAACAUUCCAAAAUGAAUGUGGCUCUUCAAUGGAAUGUCUCCAUUGUGCUUGAAGUAUUUCUUCUCUGGUUGUAACUUUAAAUUACAGGGUCAUUUGAGCAACCCUCCACCCCCACCCCCAGUAUCUUUACAAGAGCAGUGACUUUGUCCUCAGGUAGAGGAUGUGUGAUUUUGGAUGAAAGUAAAUUACAACUUACUGAGUUUAUUCCUAAACUGAUCUUUUUGGUAUUUUAAAGUAGAUCAUACCAAGAGAAAGUUCCUUGGUCUUAAAAAGGAAUGUUUUGAUUGCUUUGGGUAUUGUGCUGGCUGCACGCUUUGGCCACUUGAAGCAUGUUAAUAAAUGUCACUGAUUAAAACAGCUGGAGCAUUUCUUUUCCCAUUCCAGUUAAGAAGCAGCAUACUGAAAUCCUAGCAUCUCUCACUUACUGUAAUGACAACAUCCGGGCUGAGAGAGAACAGAAGAGGGUGAGAGAAUCAUUGAGCUCUGUCCCUCUGGAUCCGUGCUGUUCUCUUUGCUCCCUGAGUAAAGAGAGUAAUGUUUUCUUUUUCUCUUUUUUUCCCCCCAAAGAAAGGAAGGUAAGGGGAAAAUAUAUAUUUGUGUAUUUAGACCAGUCAUAUUCUGUCAUUAACUUAGCAUAGACCUGCCAUAUAUUAGAACAACUGAAUAUAAUAUGGAAUAAGUUUGACCAGGUCAAGUUUUAGGAUGUAGUUGACAUUCUUAAAAUUUUUUUCCUAUUUUAUCUAAAACCUGUCUGUUGUAUCUAAAUCAGAAUCUGUCUUACUGCAGCAAAUUCCUAUCACUGUGUACCAGCUAAUUGACAGUAUUUAUCAGCAUCACCAUUUAGCAUUUUAUUUCAUCAUCUUUGAAUUAUGAUAGACUUGAUUUGGCUCAUUACAAAAAGCAUAGGUUUAAACUGGACUUAGCUUUAGUUAAAAUAAAGGCAAAGAAAAUUUAAAAACAUAAAUAUAUUUCACAAGAAAUCAGUUGCAUAUUAUCAAUUACAUACUUAGUUUUAAAAGAGGAAGAUUAUUAAUCCACGUGGUAUUGGGGGCAUUGAGGGAAUUUUUCUUUCUCUGAAGAGCAUUGUACAAUUAUAUUUUUAUGAAAAAUAAAAUAUCUUCACCAGAGACAUCUCAAAUGGUCUGUUUCACAAUACUGAAAUAUGUCUGUGUUAGCACAGAGUAGUAAAAAGAGUGAGAUUGAGGCAGAAGAACUGGUCUUGGAUCCAUUUUCUGAGUCACCUCUUAGCCUGUUUCCUCAUCUAUAAAAAAAGGGGAGGAUAACUUUCACAGAGUAAUUGGCAGGCUAAAUAGGAGUUAUGAACAACUGCUUCUUAAUUAGUAAAGAACUACAUUAAAUUUAAAAUAGUCACGUAUGCCUGGGUUUGACUCUUGUUAGGAUUUAAAUCACUGAAGAUAAACAUUUAUUUGAUAAGCUGGAAUUUAAACAUGUAGGGUUGUAGGUAUCACAUUUCUGAAGUCUUUUUAGCUUUAUCAUUAUGUCUACCCCGGAAUGGUAUAGUUGGAAGCCAUUUUUAGCAAUAAUAGCCUUCUGUUAAUUAAGCUAAUUUUAAGAACAAUUAGUGUUCUAACUGGUAAUAAUCCUAUAAUCUGCAUAAAGCAGGUUUUCAGGCUGCUAGGUCACUUGGUUCUCUUUUCCCUUAUUCCAUCCAUUUUACUUAACUAUAGAGUAGUCAUGAAUCAGAGCCAAGACUGCCGUGUAAGUUUCUGCCAAUUGUGCACUGCACAAAGGCACUCAGUUGAGGAGGUGAAUGGGCCUAAAAUCUAGCUCACAUUCCCUGCAACAGGCCAUGUGCAGAGGAACGGGCACCUGCCAGGUAUCUCCUCACCAGGGCACCUGUGGUGCAGGUCUGCCCAGCGAGGUGCCUUUUUAAAAUUUGCCCUAAGGAAGUACCUUUCUUAAUUCUUCCACCCAGAGGGUGCCUUUUUAAAAAUGCAAAACAGUGCCAUGCUGCAGCUGGCCUAUGGCUGGCUCCCCAGAGGAAUGCCAACUGUGUGCAACUCUUCUCAACUCCGCGUUGAGUGACAUCCAGUUGGUAGCUUUUAAUCGGCAACAAUUGGAGUAUUUUUUUUAAAAGACUUUUUAUUAGUUUAUUUGACAGAGAGAGACACAGCGAGAGAGGGAACACAAGCAGGGGGAGAGGGAGAGGGAGAAGCAGGCUUCCCGCCGAGCAGGGAGCCCGAUGUGGGGCUCCAUCCCAGGACUCUUGGGAUCAUGACCUGAGCCAAAGGCAGACGCUUAACGACUGAGCCACCCAGGCGCCCCCGAUUGGAGUUUUUUUUUUUUUUUUUUUUUUCUUUAGAUUUUAUUUAUUUGCGAGAGAGACAAUGAGAGACAGAGAACAUGAGAGGAAGGAGGGUCACAGGGAGAAGCAGACUCUCUACCGAGCAGGGAGCCCGAUGCGGGACUCGAUCCCGGGACUCCAGGAUCAUGACCUGAGCCGAAGGCAGUCGCUCAACCAACUGAGCCACCCAGGCGCCCCCCCCGAUUGGAGUAUUGACACCACAGAAAUCAGUGAAUGCUACAAAUCACGAAUUACCGCCCCCUCCACCCGCCCCACCAGACUUGGUUUCCAGCACACCAAUGAAAAAGGCCUAGUGUAGGCUAGAAUGGCCCUGACCAGAGCAGGCAUAGUAGAGGCCUCAAAAAUGUAUGACUGGAAGACCCCCGGAGCUGGAAGGGCUCUUUUUGUAAGUCUGUAGGCAGCUUGGAGAUGCCCAUAUCAAAAUCAGAUUGCAGUUGACCCUCGGACAAGCCAGGUUUAAAGUGCGCAAGUCCACCUAACACACAUCUUCAAUACACACAGCACUGUAUUUUUUAAUAAUUUAAAAAAAUACGGAGAAACAGUGGGGGCGGGGCUGAGGGAGAAGGAGAGAGAGUUACAAGCGGACUCCACGCUGAGCGCAGAGCCCAAUGCAGGGCUGGAUCUCGUGACCCUGAGAUCACGACGUGAGCCAAAACCAAGAGUCAGACACUCAACCAACUGUGCCACCCAGGCGCCCCAACACUAUUUUUUUUAUGAUUCUCUUAAUAACAAUUUUCUUUUUUCUAGCUUACUAUAUUGCAAGAAUAGAGAAUAUAAUACAUAUACAAAAUAUGUGUUGACUGUUUAUGUUAUCAGUAAGAUUUCCAGUCAACAGUAGGCUAUUAGUAGUUAAGUGUGGGGAAGUCCAAAGUUCUAUGUGGAUUUUUGACUUUGUGGGGUGUUGGCACUCGUGUCCCCUGCGUUGUUCAAGGGUCAGCUGAACUUCACAAGACAGAUGAUGGUUGUGACUUAGAAACUGUUAACGGUCGCAGAGAGAUACUCGGCCCAAAUCUUGAAGUGACUAAGAGGUAAAUCAGCUGACUUCUUAAAGCAAGCCCUGGGGUCCAAGUGGACAGACUCAUUCACCUAUUGGGCUGUGACAGGUCCCCCAGACAUCCCUGGGCUGGGGGUUGGGCUGGAGUUGGACAAUGAGCUUUGGCUUGCAGGCCAUUCUGACUGGAAAAAUACAUAUUUGAGCAGGAAAAAUUUCCUGUGGUUCAACAGAACCGAUUCCAAACUUGCCACGCCUCAGUGGCCCUCUGCUGAGAAGGAAAGCAAUGCCUGCUAAGCACUUCACAGCCCCAAACCCAACAUGGAACCAAGUUAGCAGGCUGACAAUGACCACUUUGCCUACACCGACUAGACUUGGAUAGUCCAGAACCAAACAGGCCAAAGGCCAUCCCAGGCCUACACAGAGUUUUGGAUCAUACCAUUUCAAUGGAAUGAAGACCAUGCCUGCCAGCACCACGAGGAGAGAAGUAUAGGAUUUAUGGCUAAAUAAAUAAAUAAAUGUAUAUAUAAAAUUCCCCUCAAGCGUCAGGCCAGGACAGCCCUAGGCCCCAACUUGCCGCAUUAGAAAAGGAAGGAAGAAAGCCAAAAACAAGACAGCCAAGCCUUCUCCCAAAAGGAGGCCUUCAUGUGGGCGUCAAAUACAAAAUCAAAGCUGGAGGUGCCUCUUCCCUUGUGAGAGUAGCCCUGUGUUUUUACCACUCCAGACAGAAAACAGAAAAGCCACAAUCCCUUGAGCAUUUUUAGGGAGGCAGAGGAAGAACCCUACCUACCAGUACCCAGUGCGGUGUCUUUAAAGCAGAACUAUGCACCCUUCCUGGCAUGGGACAGAGUGAAGAGAGCCAGAAGAGGUGGGGAAAGGGAGGCUUGAGGACAAAUCCUAGCAUGACUGGGUUCAGGAGAUGCUGACUCUGUACCCAGCCAGAGAUACUGGAAGUAUGAAAUAGGAGAAGGUCCUUUUUCAAAUUUUAUAAAGGGCUCAUCACGGAGUUCCUCUCCAUUAUCCCUCCUUUAGUGAAAAUAAAUGUUUUAUUGAUCAUUAACCACAUCAUUCUGUACUUGGGGGUGACAGAACAACAUCAAGCUAAAAUGUGCUCAUUCAUUUGUUAUCAGAUACAGUGAAAAUCGAGUAUCUCUACAAGUAUAAUAGGUGCCUGUGGCAUUUUGAGUCAGAUGGCUUUUUGGAAACAUUUUUGUUGAGUAAAAAGAAGUAGCCAGUUGUGUGCUGAUAGAUGUUUAACGACUGACUCCUGGUUGGGGGAGGUCUGAUUUGUCGUAUUUACCAAUUUCUGGGGUGGGAAAAUUCCCACCGUGGUUGAUUUCAUGCUGUGUUGUCAACCAGCAAACAACAUUUUUUGAAAAUUUGAAAUUGGCUCUUGCAACACGUAUGAGCCACCUUCACACCACUGGAUAAUCUGUAUAGAACAAGAACAGGAAAUCUGUUAGGAGUCUUUCAGGUGAGAAUAAAUACCCAAUUGAAAUUGUUAUAAACAACCAUGAGAGUGAAAGUUAUGGUGGCUUGACAAUGUCAUGAAAGACGUUUAAAGUCAUUAAAGACUCAGAGUAUUUCCUUCCUUUUGCUCUACCAUCCUCAGUAGGUUGGCUUUCGCCCUUGGCUUAUCCUCUCAUAAACAUCUCAAACAGUAAACUCGUGUGUC